AAAUUCUAUUUCAGUCCCUACAAUGGGAGAGAGCUCAAUGGGUGGUGCGCUGGUCCCCACCGUGAAAUCCGAACACUUCACGGACUCCGCCGCCGAAACGGCGCCGUUUGACGACGAGCCGGACAAGGACAUGACGUGUCCGAUAUGCAUGCAGAUCAUCAGAGACGCCUUCCUCACCGCCUGCGGCCAUAGUUUCUGCCACGUCUGCAUUUCAACUCAUCUCCGCAUCAAGAGCGAUUGCCCUUGCUGCGCUAGCUCCCUCACCCCGGCCAGCAUUUUCCCCAAUUUCUUGCUCGACAAGUUGCUGAAAAAUGCUUUGGAUUCUCGGAUGGCGAAGAAUGCAUCUCCGUUUGAACUUCUUAGUCGGGAAUUGAACAAGGGCUGCGAGAUGUCGAUCAAAGAGCUGGACGGCCUUUUGUCCUUGCUUGAAGAGAAGAGGAGAAAAAUGGAGCUACAAGAAGCCGAGAAAAGCAUGGACAUCAUGCUUAGCUUCUUACAUUGUCUGAGAAGGCAAAAGCUUCAAGAGCUCAAUGAGGUUCCAAUUAUAAUAGGUUUUUGGUUUUACUGUUUUAGUUUUCUAAUUGUUUUGUUUUUGGCACGGGGAUUGGUUAUGUUGUUCUGUUUCCCUCUGCAGUUAGAGGCCGAUCUCAGGUACAUCGAGGAGGACAUUACUGCCGUUGAGAGGCAUAGACUAGAACUAUGCAGCUGGGAACAGGAGAGGUCCGCAAAGCUGAGAAUGCUUGUUCCCGGUGAUCAGCAUGGCAACGGCAUUGCCUGCAGCACGCAAUAUGUGCAAGACCGGAUGAGUUCUUUCAACCUGCAGAACAAGAGAGCUGAUGUAAACGGGCAAUCAAGCUCCAAGUUGCUCCAACUGAAGGAUGCUUAUGGAAGGUCUGAAAUGCAGUGUGUUACAACACCAGGAGCACUAUCACUAGCAAGAAAAAGGCGUGUCCAUUCGCAGUUUAAUGAUCUACAAGAGUGCUACUUGCAAAAGCGACGAAAUUGGAACAGACAGGAAGAGGACACAAACGCCAUGGACAUAGAAGGUUACAAUCCAGGCCUUGAAGAUUUUCAAUCUGUGCUUGCAAGCUUUACACAAUACAGUCGAUUGAGAGUCAUUGCUGAACUUAGUCCCGGUGAUCUUUUUCACUCUGCUAAUAUUGUGUCAAGUAUAGAAUUUGAUCGUGAUGAAGAGCUCUUUGCUACUGCUGGAGUUUCACGGUGCAUCAAGGUUUUUGAAUUUUCCUCGCUGGUUAACGAACCAACCGAUAUCCACUGUCCUAUUGUGGAGAUAUCCUCACGAUCCAAACUUAGUUGCUUGAGCUGGAAUAUGUACACUAAAAACCAUAUUGCUAGUAGCGACUACGAGGGGAUAGUAACUGUUUGGGAUGUAAAUACUCGUCAGAGUAUGAUGGAAUAUGAGGAGCAUGAAAAGCGAGCUUGGAGCGUUGAUUUUUCAUGCACCGAUCCUUCAAUGCUUGUGUCCGGAAGUGAUGACUGCAAGGUCAAAAUUUGGUGCACAAAGCAAGAAGCAAGUGUUCUUAACAUCGACAUGAAGGCAAAUAUAUGUUCUGUCAAGUAUAAUCCUGGAUCCAGCUUUUUCGUGGCAGUUGGCUCUGCUGACCAUCACAUUCAUUAUUAUGACUUGAGAAACAUCAGCCAACCACUGCACCUGUUCCGUGGCCAUAGAAAAGCUGUUUCGUAUGUAAAAUUCUUGUCUAACAACGAACUUGCUUCUGCAUCCACUGACAGCACACUGCGGUUGUGGGACGUAAAGGAAAACUUGCCUUUGUGCAUGUACAGAGGCCACAUGAACGAGAAGAACUUUGUAGGUCUUGCGGUAAAUAAUGAAUACAUUGCUUGCGGCAGCGAGACAAAUGAACUAUUCGUAUACCACAAGGCUAUCUCGAAACCUAUGACUUGGCACAGAUUUGGCUCUUCGGAUUUAGGCGAUAAUGAUGACUAUCCAGGACCAUACUUUAUCAGUGCGGUAUGUUGGAAGAAGGAUAGCCCUAUGAUAUUGACUGCAAACAGUCAAGGAACGAUUAAAGUGCUCGUACUUGCAGCCUGAGUAUCAGUAAUCAAGUAAAGUUUUAAGAGCUCGUUUGGAAAUGUUUUCAGACCGAUGUUGUGUCAAUGUGAUUUGAACUGUACAGAAGCUUCUCAGUCCAGUUGGAAAGUACAGAAGCUAAAAAGAAGGAUGCCCAAUUGCCAAUGAAUGAGUAAGGUAGGAGGAUGGAACGUGGUGUGGUACCCAACAAACAGUCCAUGUGUCGAGCAUAAUUGCAACAAGAUCAGCCCGUCUUUAUCAGGAGAGCAACUUGCAUCGAUGGAGAUAUGUACCCUCAUGUUUCUAUGUCACUCAUAUUAGGUGGUGAGUAUACAUAGAGAGAGAGAUAAAUUUACACGUUACAAACAAGUACAAAACCCCUCGACAAGUGAACAAGGUGUACAUAGAGAGAGAGAGAUAUUUACACGUUACAAACAAGUACAAAACCUCUCGACAAGUGACAAGGUGUAGUAGACCUCAAAGUGCCAAAUGUGUCACCCGUCGAGCCGUUACGUACUUGUCAAUAAACAGACUCCUUUCUAAUGAAGAAUUCUAUAGUCC